UCGACGUAGCACCGAAAUCAAGCACUUGCAACGAGAGUUACGUGCCCUUGCCGUCCCCGCCGGAAGUUCUCUUUUCGGCCUGCUACAACAACAUUAGGCCAGAACCAUGAAGUUCAACAAACUUGUAUCCUCCUCGAGGAGAAAGAAUAGGAAACGACACUUUACAGCUCCUUCAAAUAUUAGAAGGAAAAUUAUGAGUUCUCCAGUAUCAAAAGAACUUAGAACUAAACAUAAUGUGAGAAGUGUACCUAUUCGCAAAGAUGAUGAAGUUCAGGUUGUACGUGGACAUUAUAAAGGACAACAAGUUGGAAAAGUUGUACAGGUCUACAGGAAAAAAUAUGUUAUCUAUAUUGAAAGAAUUCAACGCGAAAAAGCAAAUGGUGCCACAGUUCAUGUUGGUAUUCAUCCUUCAAAGGUAGUAGUUGUUAAAUUAAAAAUGGAUAAAGACAGAAAGAAGAUCUUGGAACGUAAGGCUGCCUCUCGUAAAGGUUUGGCCGACAAAGGAAAACAUACAGAAGAAUCUAUCAUGGAAACUUCUUAAACAAGAAAUUAAAAAAAUGUACAAUAAA